GUCCUUGUUAACGCACUAGUGAUAGAUGUGCGCUCCUAUUCUGUGUUGUUAGGAUUACCUUGGGCGAUGGCGGACACGUGCAACACAUUGAAUGGGCGUUGCAUGCGUUACGAGAUGCUGGUUUCAAGGUGGCAUUCGAGAAGUGCCAGUUUUUCCUAACCACCAUUUCCUUCCUAGGACACGUGGUAACAGACCAAGGACUCAGACCGGAGCCGUAGAAGGUGGCAGCUGUCAGAGAUGCGCCGGUGCCUACGACUAUUACGCAGGUUCGCGCCUUUCUGGGCCUGGCCUCAUACUACCGAAGGUUUAUCAAGGGCUUCGCGGCAAUUGCGGGACCUUCACGAAUCUGCUGCGAAAAGACCAGCCGUUGAUCAGGACGCCAGAGUGUGAUCAAGCGUUUUCGGAACUAAAGGCCGCCCUCAUUUCGGCCCCGGUCCUUAUAAGGUCGGAUCCUGAAAAGCCUUUUGUCCUCAUUACUGACUGGCAGCCAGAGGCAAUUUCGACGAUCUUAGCCCAGGUGGGACCAAUCGGACUUGAGAACGUGGUGGAGUAUGCGUCCAAAUCGGUGCCCGUCUGCAAGCGUAACUACGCCGCUCCAACAGGAGAAUGCUACGCGGCGCUUUGGGGAAUCAGUCACUUUCGAGCUUACUUGUAUGGGCGGAAGUUCACAUUGGUAACCGAUCAUGAGCCUCUUCUAGCCCUGAAGAAAUCUAAGGAUUACUCGGGCAUGAUCGAGGGAUGGGCAACAGUGCGGCAGAGCAUGGACUUUGACAUUCGUCACCGGAAACACGAAAGGCACGGGAAUGCGGACGGAUUGACACGACUGCACCGACCUGAGAAGGUUUCGAAGAAUGACGAGGUGAUUUCGUGGAACGAACCGAAGAAGGAGAAUGGUCCUCGGUACGGCCAAAUGAAGAUCCUGUCAAAGGAGGAGUCAGCAGGCAAUAGUAUUGGCGGAGGUGGUAGCGGUACAUCGGCGACCGGCUCCCGGAACGAGCCACGUCACCACAGUCGCGGCUUUCAGCGGCGACAUCAGUAUGGUCAAUCCACUGUGGCAUACCGCGAUCUUGACCUCGCUGCGAGAGUGGACGGAGCAGGUGUCCAACGUUGGAGUGCAUGCUUGGAAGAGCCUGGGGACGAAGACUCUCUACCGUCGCGGCAGGAGUAUCUGAAGCCAUACGACAUCAUCGAUCACGCUUUCUAUCCGAAGGCAGAGGAGGUGGUGAUAGAGGGGGAGGAAAGUGACGACGACGAGGAAACAUCGGAAGAGGGAAGCUAUAGCGAGUAUAGCGAGGGCGAGCAGAGCGAAGAAGAAGAAGAAGAAGAAGAAGAGGAAGAAGAAACCGGGUCUGAGUGGGAAGCCUUGCCGGAGGAGGCGACGCGUACUGGUAUGGAGGCGGAAGAUCCUGAGGCAGCACUGAGGCGGGAGGAAAUUGCCACCGAAAAACGCCAGCUGGAGUUCGCCAGCGAAGCAAGCCUGCGCAUCGGUGACGAUCCGGCCAGGGAUCCGGAGCCGCCGAAGCCCGAGGAUGGCGAUCCAGCAGCGGCCACCCCCAGCACCUCACGGCGGAGACGGAGCCGAUCCUCCUCCCCCUCCAGCCCCACCCGUCCCCCAGUUCGUCCACGUACCGAUGCGGGGGAUAGGCCUUCGUUUCCGGACAUUAUCCCGCUGUCCCCUUGAUUACCUCACCCUCGAGCAGAUCCACACCCCCGUCACCUUCCCCCACCACCCCUUCCAUCCCCAUCUCUUCCGUGAUUUCUACUCUACGCGCCUAAUCG